UUAGGAAUUAGGAUUAUAGAGAGAGAAAGAGAGAGAGAGAGAGAGAGAGAGAGAGAAAGAGAAGAAAGCGAGAGAGAGAGAAAGAGAGGUGCUUUAAUGUCUGUGAAGGUAGGAACUGUAUUUGGAUCCAGAUACAGAGGAAAACCAGUUGGAUAUCUAUCUCUGUCUUCUUCUCCGCAAAUCGAAGAUUGUGUUCUAGGGUUUUAAUUUGGGACAUUGCUCAAUAUUUAUUCUAGGGCUGAAUUUGGGUUUUUGGUAGUGAUGAUGAGAUGAGUGUUGUUGAUAAGAGCAAUGGUUGAUCAUCGGAGAAGAACCGCAUUGGGUUUCGUUGUGUCUUCUUCAUUGUUGUUGUUAUUCCUUUUCGUCGACUGUGUUUUGUCUCAAUCACGGGCUCGAUUCGACGAGCGGCUCGCUCUGCUUCGUCUCAGGUCUUCUCUCGGAUUAAGAGGAACAGAUUGGCCAAUCAAAGGCGAUCCUUGUGGUGUUUGGAAAGGGAUACAAUGUGAUGGUAAUGGAAGCAUCGUUGGGAUCAACAUCUCAGGUUUCAGGAGGACAAGGAUUGGUAAGCAAAACCCACAAUUCAAUGUUGAUCCGCUUCUCAAUCUGACCCGUUUGGCUUAUUUCAACGCUUCUGGUUUCUCGUUGCCUGGUUCUGUUCCUGAUUGGUUUGGUCUUGGUUUGAACGCAUUGCGAGUCUUGGAUCUUAGUUCUUGCUCUGUGAGUGGUGUUGUCCCUUUCACUCUUGGUAAUCUAACUAGCUUGAGAAGCUUGAAUCUGUCUAGUAACAGUCUUACUGGUUUGGUUCCGAGUAGUUUAGGGGAUUUGUCGAAUCUCUUGGAGUUUGAUCUCUCUAAGAACUCGCUCACUGGUGCUCUUCCUCCAUCUUUUAGCUCUUUGAAGAAUCUGUCGAGUCUUGAUGUUUCUUCCAAUUACCUCACCGGACCAAUCCCUCCCGGUGUUGGAACGUUAUUGAAGCUUCUCUAUCUGAAUUUCUCCAGCAACAGUUUCUCGUCUUCGAUUCCUUCGCAGCUCGGGGAUCUUGUCAAUCUUGUUGACCUUGAUCUCAGCAUCAACUCGUUGUCUGGUUCGGUUCCUAAGGAGCUGAGAAACUUAAGGAAGCUGCGGAAUUUGGUGAUUAGUGAUAACCUGUUGAGUGGAUCUUUACCGGUUGAUUUGUUUGCUGGAGAGAGCCAACUUCGAUCUUUGGUUUUGAGAGAAAAUGGUUUCUCCGGUAACUUACCUGAUGCGUUUUGGUCGUUGCCUAGAUUGCGGAGUCUUGACGUUGGUAAGAACAACUUCACAGGAACGCUACCAAAUUCUACUUAUGAUCCAAACCAAUCAUCUGCAAUGAUUGAUAUCUCCUCAAACGCAUUCUAUGGGGAGCUCACAGAGAUUCUUAGAAGGUUCACAGAUUCUAUGGACCUCUCUGGUAAUUAUUUCGAAGGUAAAGUUCCAGAUUACGUGCUCCAGGCAAACGUGUCUGUUACUAGGAACUGUCUUCAAAACGAGAAGGGACAAAAGUCCUUGGAAGUUUGCUCAUCGUUCUAUACAGCUAGGGGAUCAGACUUUGAUGAUUUUGGACGCCCCAAUUCUACACAACCUACACCGGAAAAGGCUUCUUCAGGGAUAAGCCGCAGAACAGUGAUUAUAUUGAUAGCAGUGGCUGGAGGAGUUGGUUUUAUUCUGUUUUUCGUUGUUUUGCCAAUUCUUGUGGUUUUAUGUAUACGCCGGAGAAGGAGAACGGCGCAGAGAGGGAAUGUUGAUAGACCUAAACCUGCAGCGGAAGCUUCUCAACCACCUAAAGGACCACAGACCUUUGAUCUGUCACGUCUUGGGAAUGCUUUCUCGUAUGAGCAGCUUCUCCUUGCAACAGAGGAAUUCAGUGAUGCCAAAUUGAUAAAACGUGGACAUUCCGGGAGCUUAUUCCGUGGUUUCUUGGAAAACGGCGUACCCGUUGUUAUCAAAAAGAUCGAUAUGCAGGGAAGUAAGAACGAAGGGUAUAUAUCAGAGCUGGAACUUUUUAGUAAAGCUGGACACCAGAGGCUAGUUCCUUUUCUGGGACACUGCUUGGAGAAUGAGAGCCAAAAGCUCCUGGUCUACAAGUUUAUGAGGAACGGAGAUUUGGCUAGCGCUUUGUUCAGAAAAUCAGACAACGAAGGUGAUGGAUUGAAGUCUUUGGAUUGGAUCACGAGGUUGAAGAUUGCUCUUGGUGCAGCUGAGGGACUAGCUUAUUUGCAUCACGAGUGUUCACCACCUCUAGUUCAUAGGGAUGUACAAGCAAGUAGCAUACUUCUUGAUGAUAAAUUUGAGGUACGUCUCGGAAGCCUAAGCGACGCAUACGCUCAAGGUGAUGCUUAUCAAAGCAGGAUCUCUCGUUUACUUCGGUUACCUCAAUCAACAGAACCAUCCUCUUCAGGUGCAACAAAUGCAACAUGCGCCUAUGAUGUCUACUGCUUUGGCAAAGUAUUGCUCGAGCUAGUCACAGGGAAGCUCGGUAUCAGCUCGCCAGACAACGCAGAAGCAAAAGCAUACAUGGAAGAAGCUUUACAAUACAUCAGCACAAACGAGAAGGAGCUAGUGACCAAGAUCUUGGACCCGUCACUGAUGGUUGACGAGGACUUACUAGAAGAAGUAUGGGCAAUGGCUAUCAUCGCUAAGUCAUGCCUAAACCCGAAACCAACAAGACGACCAUUAAUGAGACACAUCGUGAACGCUCUUGAAAACCCGUUGAAAGUAGUUAGAGAGGAUAACAACUCUGGCUCUGGCUCUUCACGGUUGAGAACAAACUCGUCGAGAGGUUCUUGGAACGCUGCUAUAUUUGGUAGCUGGAGGCAGAGCGCGUCUGAUGUAACGGCGGUUCAAGCUGCAGGAGCAACGAGCGGUGGGGGUGGUGGUGGUGGUAAUGGUUUGAGAAACUCAGGGUCGCAAGGGAGCAGCGGGAGGAACAAUAACAAUGGGAAUUCAUCGUCGAGAAGACGACAGUCUAGUGAGAUUGUGCCAGAACCUGCUGCUUAUGGGGAAGAUGUAUAAGCAAAGAGGUUUAAGGAGAGUAGAGAGGAGAAAAAUUUGUGAUUCGUUUCAUCGAUUCUUUGUUGUCGAUAAUAACAGAGGCAAAGGAAAGUCCUCAAGGUAGCAUAAUGUUAGGAGGGAAGAUUUUUUUUUCUUUCUUUUCUAUUUUCUCCUUCUUUGUUUUGUUUCGUUUUUAUUUUUAUUUUUGGUUAGGAUUGGCGGAGUUAGAAUUUGUAAUUCACUCUUUUGUCCUUUUUUUUUUUGGUUCAACGUGGAUUUUGUAAAUUUGUAAUUCUUGGAGAUUGGUUUUUUUUUUCCGGUUUCUUUUUUAUUGAAAGGCCGGGAAAAAAUAAGGAAAGGUUGUGUUCGUUUAAAUA